UCCCUCAUUCAUUCCUACAUAGGAAUCACAUCAAUGCAAUGAACGAUCUAACUGAAUUCCUUUCGGACCAGUCGAUGAGGUACGGGGCGGUGAGACUCGCCGUCCCUCCUGGUUUCCAGAACAUUAUCCGUCUCAUCUCGCACGAGGUCCUACGGGAGCAACCCCAGGAUAACAUCAAGUUCAUCGCCGACUUCCUACAGGAUGUGCUCACCAUUAGAGACAGUACCGGCUAUGACCCGGUCCAACAGGGGGAGCUUAUAGAGCGAGUCCAGUCCCAGUACAGCCAGCUCAGAAAGGACAGGGCGGCCUUAUCAGAGAAGCAGGUCAAGAGACCUGUACCCCAGGAGGAGGAGGAGGGGGGCGAGACCGGGGACAAGGCGGGGGGCGAUACCGGCCCUGCUACCAAGAAACAAGCAACAGAAACAGCAUCGACACCGGUAAAUGAUGUCAUUGAGAAAGUUGAGGAAUCGGCCGAUCAGGAUGCAGAUACUGAGGCAAAUCCUGAAGAAACAGAGACUACACCACAGGAAACUGAAGAAGCACCGUUAGAAGCUGAAGCUGCUCCACAGGACACUGAAGAAGCACCGUUAGAAGCUGAAGCUGCACCACAGGACACUGAAGAAGCCCCAUUAGAAGCUGAAGCUGCACUGCAGGACACUGAAGAAGCACCAUUAGAAGCUGAAGCUGCACUGCAGGACACUGAAGAAGCACCAUUAGAAGCUGAAGCUGCACCGCAGGACACUGAAGAAGCACCAUUAGAAGCUGAAGCAGCACCGCAGGACACUGAAGAAGCACCAUUAGAAGCUGAAGCUGCACCGCAGGACACUGAAGAAGCACCAUUAGAAGCUGAAGCUGCACCGCAGGACACCGAAGAAGCACCAUUAGAAACUGAGACAGCACCUGAAGAAAGUGAAUCAACACCACAAGGAAUUGAGGACGUACCACCUGAAACCACAGAAGAGGCUGCAGACAGCACACAGGAACCAGCUGAAAUGGCACCGGAACCGGCUGAAAUGGCACAGGAACCAGCUGAACCGGCACAGGAACCUCCCAAUGCCACAGAGGAACCAAGCGUCAUAUCAGAAGAACCUUCAGAAGCAACUUAGGAUCAUGAGAACACACUAUUAAAUUUUAUUCCAUUCUUUACCACCGUGUUUAUCAACUUACAAACUUCCGAGAGUCCAAUCUUUUGUUUUUCAUUGAUUGCUUCAUUAUUCAAUUGGUCAUGACAAUAUUACUUUCAUUAAAGUUCACAAUAAAUGUUCCUGUGUAUGAUUCAAGAUGAAAAGAGUUACACCACAACAUCCCCACAUAAAAAGAUUUGCAUAUGAAAAUCUUGUUCAGCAAUAUGUGCAUAUUAAAUUUUGGCUUCGGUCUCAUCAAAGGGCAACCCAACCAUCGUAAUUAGUUCAUUUAUAUGCACCGGGUAGGCAAAAACAUUAGAGAAACACAAUGGCGAAUGUUUGAAAUAUGAGAUCACUAAGCCUAUAUGCGGAUCUCAAUUGGCAAUUUGGUAGUGGAAUGUGAUGGAAUCGCAGAUAACUCUCAAUGUAAUUUGACGUGUACAAAAAUAUUAAUUUCUGUUUUUCACCUAAGUGCCUUCUCCCUAGGUGCACUAAUCAAAUUAUAUUAUGGAUAUAUAGCACAUUCAUAUCAUAAUGGGUCCUCUAAAGAGAAAAUACCCUCCUGCAUACAUGCCAACUGUUCAGAUUAAAGAGGAACAUUCCUCU